AGGGAACAAGAGAAAAUGGAUUUCUCUUCUUCUCUCUGCCAACCGAAUGGGGUAUUUGUAUUCAUUCUCUUCUUUUUUUCUCUUCAGUGCUCUCAAUCCAAACAGGAUCCUUGCGGUCCUCCAAGAGCUGCAGCAAGAAUAAAGUACUUGGCAUCAAUUCCACCUUUAUUCUAUCUCGUCAUCAGAAUCCUAUACCCCGUCUUCACGCCACACACCUCUCGUGAGGCUCAUAUUGUUGGUAUUUCCUCGUCUCACUCGCCCAGCCAUCCUAGAGUUGGUCUGAGCUCUCCUGGAUUCAGCUUACAGUUCCAUCCUUCUGCUGCUGCGAUGGGUCUGGCGAUCUCGAGGAUGGUGAGGAUGCUGUUUGCGAAGCGGGAGAUGAGGAUACUGAUGGUGGGCCUUGAUGCAGCCGGGAAGACCACAAUUUUGUAUAAGCUGAAGCUCGGAGAGGUCAUCACCACCAUCCCAACUAUUGGUUUUAAUGUGGAAACUGUGGAAUACAAGAAUGUCAGCUUCACAGUGUGGGAUGUUGGGGGCCAAGAUAAGAUUCGACCUUUAUGGAGGCAUUACUUUCAGAAUACCCAAGGACUCAUAUUUGUAGUUGACAGCAAUGAUAAAGAACGGAUUUUAGAAGCUAGAGAUGAGCUACAUCGGAUGUUGGGUGAGGAUGAACUACAAGGUGCAACAUUGCUUGUGUUCGCCAAUAAGCAAGACCUUCCAAAUGCAAUGAGCGUAUCUGAAAUUACUGAUAAGCUUGGGUUACAUGCACUUCGCCAGCGCCGCUGGUAUAUCCAGAGUGCUUGCGCCACCACAGGGGAGGGACUUUAUGAAGGCCUUGAUUGGCUGUCAAGUAAUAUAUCUGAUAAGACAAGAUAAUCCAUUUCUUCUAUUACUAGACAGAUCCAGUGUUUCUACUGCCUGCUACUGUGAUUUCCUAUGGCCAUAAAAAGGGUGAAGAUAAUUUCUAUAUUGUUUAACAUGAACAGCUUAUUUUUGCUUAUUUUUGUUCCUGUUGCUUGUAUAUGAAGCUACCUUAUGGUGUGGUAUUCUGCAACUUUGUGAUGGAUUAUAAUACAAAGGUGUAUCAGUGUACAUGCAGCUUUAUAGGACGGAUAAUUAUAACAAAGGAUA